AUGAGUACCAUUUCCAAAGAAUUGUUUGUAAGUGUCACUAUUGGAUUGGCCUGUUUAUUUUCUCUUGUUGGUGGAGUUUUGAAUGACUGGAUCGGUCGCAAACCAACGACCCUGUUGGCCAGUCUUGUGUUUACAGUUGGGGCCCUUCUGUUGGGGUUUGCCUCCAAUUUGGUCACGCUAAUUAUUGGCCGAGCAAUCCUUGGAAUUGGGAUAGGCCUUGCUUCCACCACUGUCCCAGUGUACAUAGCUGAAUGUGCCCCUGCUCACUUGCGGGGUCAGUUGGUCACGUUAAAUAAUCUGUUUAUCACAGGUGGUCAAUUUGUUGCAAGUCUGGUGGAUGGGGCAUUCAGUUAUGACCGACAGAAUGGAUGGAGAUAUAUGUUGGGUCUUGCUAGUAUUCCUUCUCUUAUUCAGCUGAUUGGGUUUUUGUUUCUUCCGGAGAGUCCUCGAUGGUUGAUAAGUAAAGGCUAUUACCAGCGGGCACGUGCUGUUCUUGCAGACAUCAGAGGAACAUCUGAAAUAAAUCAAGAACUGAAUUCCAUUCAAGAAUCAACAAAAGCAAAUGCAAAAGGAGAAAGUUUUUACAAAAUCUGGAGAAUCUUAAAAACACCUCAUGUAAGACGAGCUCUCAUUGUUGGUUGUGGGUUGCAAUUUUUCCAACAAUUGUGUGGAAUAAACAGUGUCAUGUACUAUAGUGCCUCCAUAAUAAAAAUGGCAGGAGUACAGAGUGACACAGCAGCCAUCUGGCUGGCAUCCAUGACGGCAGGAAUUAACUUUAUUUUUACAAUUGUUGGGGUUUGGUUGGUUGACCGCAUUGGACGGAGAAAGCUGACACUUGGUAGUUUAACUGGUAUUAUUGUUGGUUUGUCAGUUUUGGCCAUCAGUUUCAAGAUGAUGGCUAGUGACUCUCCUCCUGUCACUCUGAUUGAACCUGGCACUCAGAACUUUACUUGCAGUAAAUACAGUUCUUGUUCCACUUGUACUGAAAAUGUUAAUUGUGGAUUCUGUUAUGACACACAUGGUGCCAAAUACAAUAAUGCCAGCUGUGUUUCAGUCAAUCAAACAUCUGAAGAUUAUUCUACAACAGGUCGUUGUUCUUCACCUACAAAUAUAAACGUCACCCACUCUGAGUUCCUGGUUGGCUUUAUACCUGAUGUUCUUUGCUCCAGGAAUGGGUCCAAUGCCAUGGACAGUGAAUUCAGAAAUUUAUCCAUUAUGGGCCAGAGGAACAGGAAAUUCAGUUGCAACAGCUGUCAAUUGGAUCUGCAAUUUGACUGUUUCAAUGACCUUUCUAACACUGACACAAGUUCUCUCAAAAACUGGAACGUUUUGCCUGUUUGUUGUCAUCACUGUUAUUGGACUGAUUUUUACGAUCGUCUGUCUCCCAGAAACGAAAGGUCUUCAACUUGA